CCUCCUUUCUUCCCUCAUUCUCCCCCCCUUUCACACUUCACAAUGUCCACCUACGCUUUGUCUGAUGCCCACCGGGCUCAAAUGCACGAUGGUCUCAAGGAGAGCGAUCCUGAGAUCGCCGCCAUCAUGGAGCGUGAGAUCCAGCGUCAGCGUGAGUCGGUCGUUCUGAUCGCCUCCGAGAACUUCACCUCCCACGCUGUCUUCGAGGCCCUGGGUACCCCCAUGUCCAACAAGUACUCUGAGGGUUACCCCGGUGCCCGUUACUACGGUGGUAACCAGCACAUCGAUGCCAUUGAGAUCACUUGCCAGAACCGUGCUCUCAAGGCUUUCAACCUCGACCCCGCCAAGUGGGGUGUCAACGUCCAGUGUCUGUCUGGCUCCCCCGCCAACCUUCAGGUUUACCAGGCUCUGAUGCGCCCCCACGACCGCCUGAUGGGUCUUGACCUCCCCCACGGUGGUCACUUGUCCCACGGUUACCAGACCCCUGCUAAGAAGAUCUCUGCUGUCUCCACCUACUUCGAGACUUUCCCCUACCGUGUCGACUUGGAGACCGGUAUCAUUGACUACGACACCCUGGAGAAGAACGCCGAAAUGUACCGCCCCAAGUGCCUGGUUGCCGGUACUUCCGCCUACUGCCGUCUGAUCGACUACAAGCGCAUGCGCCAGAUCGCUGACAAGGUUGGUGCCUACCUCAUUGUUGAUAUGGCCCACAUUUCCGGUCUGAUUGCUGCCGGUGUCAUCCCCUCUCCCUUCGAGUACGCCGAUGUUGUCACCACCACCACCCACAAGUCUCUGCGUGGUCCCCGUGGUGCCAUGAUCUUCUUCCGUCGUGGUGUCCGCAGCACCGACAAGACCGGCAAGGAUGUCAUGUACGACCUCGAGAACCCCAUCAACUUCUCCGUCUUCCCCGGUCACCAGGGUGGUCCCCACAACCACACCAUCACUGCCCUGGCCGUUGCCCUGAAGCAGGUUGACACUCCCGAAUUCAAGCAAUACCAGACCCAGGUCAUCAAGAACGCCAAGGCCCUCGAGGAGGAGUUCAAGACCCUCGGCCACAAGCUCGUCUCCGACGGCACUGACUCCCACAUGGUCCUCCUGGACCUGCGCGCCAAGAGCCUGGAUGGUGCCCGUGUUGAGGCUGUCCUUGAGCAGAUCAACAUUGCCUGCAACAAGAACUCCAUCCCCGGUGACAAGUCUGCCCUGACCCCCUGCGGUAUCCGUAUCGGUGCCCCCGCCAUGUCCACCCGUGGUAUGGGUGAGGAGGACUUCAAGCGCAUUGCCCGCUACAUUGACACCACCAUCACCCUCUGCAAGAAGAUCCAGGGUGACCUCCCCAAGGAGGCCAACAAGCUCAAGGAUUUCAAGGCCAAGGUUGCCUCCGACACCGUCCCUGAGAUCCUGGAGCUCCGCAAGGAGAUUGCUGCCUGGGCCAGCACUUUCCCCCUUCCCGUUUAA